GAAGGAUUUUGAAAUUGAGACAGCCCUUAAAAUGGCUGACACCCUGAUCAGUGCCUUAACUACUGAACUAGGGAGCUGAUGGAGACAGAGGGCAGGGCUGCGUUCGUGGUACCUCAUAAGUGUGAGGACACAUUCGUUUCGCCAUUUCCUCCAUAAGCAGGAACUGUGAGGUGGUUGGUUAAGCUAUCAACAUGUCUGCCAUAUUCAAUUUCCAGAGUUUACUCACUGUCAUCUUGCUGCUUAUCUGCACCUGUGCAUACAUAAGAGCCCUAGCACCAAGUCUGCUUGACAAGAACAAAACAGGGUUUCUUGGGAUAUUCUGGAAAUGUGCAAGAAUAGGUGAACGAAAAAGUCCUUAUGUGGCCUGUUGCUGUAUCAUCAUGGCUUUCACCAUUUUAUUUUCAGAAUAACUACAGUCUGAAUAAAACUUUUCAAUAAAAGUCUCCACACCAGCACAUUUGUAACUUGUCAGUUGUGUUUAAAUUGUCUGUUCUGUUUAGCACAGUAUUUAUGCAUGUUGACCUAAAAUGCAUGUUUCCCUGCCUCUGUGGCCUUUUUAAAUAAAUAUUAACUAAUGUACCUGUAACCUGAUUGCUAAUAAAAAUGUGUGGAAUUUUAUAUAGACGUUGAUGUACCUCCCUUUACAGUCGUUCUGGCAAAUGUACUUGUUUGAAUCCAUUCAGCAGUGUACCACACACAGUAAACGCCAUUACAUAACCAAAACCAUCUCAUCUGAACCUUCAUACAUUUUUGAUGUAAGUGAGGAUGUAUGUACAUUAUAUACUGAUAUGCACCAUUAGUGAAGAAGUAAUCAGUGUUGUUUCAAGGAAUGGUAACCAUUAAUGAAACUGUUAAUUAAAGCAUUAAAGAUUGAUUUAAAAGUU